CACGUCUCACCAUGUACCACGUAGGCGUUCAUCCCACUUCACUUAGAAAAUAAACUCACUCAAGUAUAAGCAUAACUCACUUAACUCAACCCCAUUUACAUUCUUCCUCACUGCCUUCACUAUUACUCAUCUCAAUAUCACAAAUCUCGUUUAAUUUUUUUUUUGGUAUUAUGUCCCAGUGAAAUGAGGUGACGAGACGAGAUCUUGGAAUUCCAACCCCUCUUACCUCGGCAGUUCUCCCAACCGGAGCGGAAGUGUCCCACAAUCCCGCAUACGCCUCUCCCGGCCACAACCUCUCACGUCGCAGCCAGCACGCCCACCACAACGCCAUGGCGUCCCCCCAGCCCCCUCCAACGCGCCCACGCUUCUCCCUCAAAUUCAGCGUCCUAAGCGACGGCCUAGAAAGCGGCAGAGCGCAAGCCCUAACACAAGCAGGCCUGCACAUCCACGGCGGCGUAUUCCCCCUCUUCCCGAACCUGCCCAUAGAGCUACGUCUCAAAAUAUGGGAAUACCUCCUCGCGCCGCGCAUAGUCGGCAUAACAUGUCUCGACGCCGAAGCGCCGCCAGCGUCCGAAGACGGCCUCGAGGACCCCUGGAGCAGCGCGCGCUCGCUCUGCCACUGCGACCCCCCGGCCAAAACCCCGGUCCUGCUGCUCGUGAACCGCGAAUCGCGCUAUCUGGCGCUGAAACACUACGAGCCCGCGUUCCGCUGGAAGGUCCCGCCGGGGUUGUUGGCGAAUCCGUUCCCGCGCUUGCCUUCGUUUCCUGCUUCUCCUUCUCCUUCUCCUUUUAACUCGAAUCCCAAUUUAACCCCCACUCCCAAUUCCAAUCCCAAUCCCCAAACCCGCCCAGAACCCCCCUCCCGCUCCCCCCCAAGCGUCUGGUUCUCCUUCGCCACCGACACCGUCUACCUCCUAGGCGACCUCGAGCCGUGCGACAGCUUCGGCUUCAACAGCCCGACCGUGUACUUCCUCGCGCGCGAGGAAGCGGUCCGCGUCAAGCGCCUGGCCGUCGCGUUCGCGGCGCUGGGGUACGGGGAGAGCGGGUCGCAGCAUAUUUUCGGGGCUCUGUUCCACGUCGUGGAUAGGUUUGCGGGCGUGGAGACCGUGUUGGUUGCGGUUGUGCCGCGGGAUGAGCUGACGCAUGCGCUUGUGGGUGGGGAGGGGCCGUUGGUUAGGGUUGGGUGUGAGGGACGGGGAGGGGGAAAGGGGGAGGAGGUUAAUGUUGUGCAGAGGAUUUGGAGGGAUUGGUAUCGUGGGUCGAUUGUCACGUCGAAGUUGGCGAGGGUGAGGUUUGAGUUGGUCCGAGAGGUGGAUUUGCCGGACCGUGUUGCGUUGCCGGUUAGAGCUGUUAGAGAUGGUUCAUAGAUGGGUAGAUGGAUGGGUAUAGAUAGCGUCUGCUAGAGGAGCGAGGAGUGAUUGAUAGCUGAACUUGGAGCUGGUUCGAAAUGAUUUAUUGGUUUAUAUCGUCUAUAUACACGGCCCUCCUCUUAGGUUGAGU